GCGCUCAGCUGACAAACCAAAGUUCGUCCCUCUCUUGGAAAUACUACACGGGAGCGCACAGGGAGCGCUUUGCUUUUGCAGAAACACUCCAGUGCUUGCCACCUGAAAGCGAGCACACAUUGGAUUUGCAGGAAUUCAAAGUUGGAAAGUAUUUUUUGGAGGCGAAACUUGCAACCCCAAUUCUCUGAGAUCGUCCACCUACAGUGUUCGCAUGAAUCUACUAGACCCCUACCUGAAAAUGACAGAUGAGCAAGAGAAGUGUUUGUCUGAUGCCCCCAGUCCGAGCAUGUCCGAGGACUCCGCGGGCUCCCCGUGCCCGUCCGCCUCGGGGUCCGACACGGAGAACACGCGCCCCGCGGAGAACAGCCUCAUGGCUCCGGACGGGACGCUCGGAGACUUCAAGAAGGACGAAGACGACAAGUUCCCGGUGUGCAUCCGAGAGGCGGUGUCUCAGGUGCUGAAGGGCUACGACUGGACGCUCGUGCCCAUGCCGGUGAGAGUGAACGGCUCGAGCAAAAACAAGCCGCACGUGAAGAGACCGAUGAACGCGUUUAUGGUGUGGGCGCAGGCGGCGCGCAGGAAGCUCGCGGAUCAAUACCCGCACCUCCACAACGCAGAGCUCAGCAAAACUCUGGGAAAACUCUGGAGAUUACUGAACGAGGGUGAAAAGCGUCCCUUCGUGGAAGAGGCUGAGCGCCUCAGGGUUCAGCACAAGAAAGAUCACCCCGACUACAAGUACCAGCCUCGGCGGAGGAAGUCUGUGAAGAACGGCCAGAGCGAGUCCGAGGACGGCAGCGAGCAGACGCACAUCUCGCCCAACGCGAUCUUUAAAGCGCUCCAGCAAGCAGACUCGCCCGCGUCCAGCAUGGGAGAAGUGCACUCGCCCAGCGAACACUCAGGCCAGUCCCAAGGGCCGCCCACUCCUCCCACCACCCCGAAAACUGACGCUCAGCCAGGCAAAGCGGAUCUGAAGCGGGAAACCCGUCCGCUUCAGGAAAGCACGGGACGUCCGCUCAACAUCGACUUCCGCGACGUGGACAUCGGCGAGCUCAGCAGCGACGUCAUCGAAACGUUCGACGUCAACGAGUUCGACCAGUACCUGCCGCCGAACGGGCACGCCUACGCGGGCGGCUACGGGACCUGGAUGGGGAAGAACGCCAGCGCUCAAAGCAGCACGCUCACCCCGCUCGGCGCCGGGGAACCGGACCAGCCGAGAACGACGCACAUCAAGACCGAACAGCUCAGUCCCAGCCACUACAACGAACAGCAACAGGGUUCACCACAACACGUCAGCUACGGCUCCUUCAACGUCCAGCAUCUACAACACUACAGCACUUCAUUCCCGUCAAUCACCCGCGCGCAGUACGACUACUCCGACCACCAGGGCGGCGCCACCUCCUACUACAGCCACGCCGGCGGGCAGAGCUCCGGCUUGUACUCCACCUUCAGCUACAUGAGCUCCAGCCAGAGGCCCAUGUACACACCCAUCGCUGACUCUACAGGGGUUCCCAACAUCCCCCAGUCCAACCACAGUCCUCCUCAGCACUGGGACCAGCAGCAGCAGCAGCAGCCGGUCUACACACAGCUGUCGAGACCCUGAGGACGAGCAGAGACUCAUUACACAUCAUUCCACUCUCUUUAGACACACACUUGAAGUGUACACUCACACACACA